CGAGGCUGGGAUGGGGGAGAGGAAGGGUAAACAGCUUGACAUCCAAGUGCUUUUAGUACUUGGAAAUGUACAGAGCAGGAAAAUACAUGGGAAGCUUCUUGUGGGGGGUCAGGGCAGCACAGUCCUACACAGGGAUGCGUUUGCAACAUGGAGAAGUGGUUGCCUGUGGGAGGAGCAGGGAAAAGCCCUCUUCCUGCAUGGGUGGGCCUGGCUCCACCCCAGGUACCGUAGGGUGGACGCUGUAGGAGGUCAUGGCUCUGGUUAAUCUGAUCAAAGUGAGUUAGACCAGGUGGCAACGUAGCUGUGACAUCUGUGAGGGCAAACACCAACAGCACCAAACUCCCCAGUGACAAGCAAACCCUUGGCUACUUGUGGCGGGCAGGUUGGUGCCAGCCUGAGAAGUUGCUUUAUAUGUUUGCCAAGGCAAGGGCUUGAGGAGCUGAGAAUUUAGUCAGAUCAGGGGCCUGAUCCAGCCGAGGGAUCUCUGUCACUGGGAGGGAUGGCUUUUGAAUCAACUUUGCAAUGCCUUUGCAACAGCCUAACAGUGGGGUGGGAGGUGUGAGUGUGAGGGCCAGUGUUGCAGCAGGAAACAAUUAGAAACUCUCACCUCGGGCAACUCAAGUUGGGAUCCCUGAGAGCCAGGGAACAGACAGGGUUUAACAGGGGUCAGCAUGGAGAUGACGUGGGCUUAAUUCUCAUCAGCGGCGGGAGCUGGUAGGUGAAGGCCAGGGGAGUCCGUCCUGCAACCCUGGGUUGGCCUGCACUGAAACGAUGGUUGUCUUGGCACUGUGGGGAUUUUACUGCAAGAAGGAUUUGUGUAGAGAUAGUGAUUAGAAAUUAUCCAUUCCUGAAGACCUUCAAUGCAGGAAACUUGUUUCCAUCACCAUACAGUGGUAUUUCAGAACAGAGAGUAAUUUCUUGACUUAAUCCGAGGGAACUUCCACGUGUAGCCAAGUCAUUGCUAACCUGAGUAAAUGCAAGCUUUCACUGCAAGGAAAACAUCUUCUGUUUUGCUUUUCCUGGAGCCUGUAAGAGGCAGGUUUGCAGAGUAGCAUCCUCUCCUUUUGCAAAAUGAUGAGAGGUUUUACCUUAAUGAACAAAACCCCUUUUUCUUUUAAUUCACUGUAUUUCAUUGCAAACCUCUCUGAGGGCUUGUCAUUGGAGGUGAGCGUGUUCUCGCAGUUCUCUGGCAGUUCUUAGGGCACGUUCUGUUUUGGGAGGUGAAGGUGCUUUAAUACCACACAAGCUUCUCCACGCAGAAUGCCGUGUUGAUGUUCUUACUUCAUUCUAAACUCGUUUGCUUUGGCGUUAAUUAGAAUUGGCUGAGCACCUAUUUAGCUAAAUCAAAAUAAGACUGUGGUUUCAUAUACACUUCCUUUGGCAGACGUUGUGGAUUAAGUAGAGUCUGUGCCAGGCUGUGCCCUCUCUCCCUCUUGGGGAAGCUGAUCUAGGAGCUGGUAUGGGUUAAAACCAGUCCAGCCAGGAAAAAAAUAAAGGAAAAAGGAUUUUAAACAGAGGUCAACUCCCUGGUCAAGUUUACCAGGACACUGCAGGGCUUCAGUGACAUGACUGAAGGGGUGAGGGGAGAGAAGGGCUUCAACAGUUUCUUCAACAUCAUCUUCUACUCGAAGGCAGGCACGUGAAGCCAUGCCCUAGUUGUGUUCUCCAAGGGUUUCCUACGAGUUUAAUUACAUCCCUUUAAAGUCGCUUCCAGCUGCACCAGUGUAGAUGGGAGAUUUGCUCCGUUUCCUCGUGUCGACUUGGCUAACAGUGUUCUGACCCAGGGAGGCUGCGGUUGCUCUCUCUGGUUCAGUGUUACCUCGGGAGGUUGCUCAUCCCUACAUUUCCCAAUAAACUUCCUGGUCUGCCUUCUUAAGGAUGCUGUUGCUCCGCUAGUUUGUGUUAGAGCCCACAUCUGGUGCUCGACCCCUGUUUUAUUCCUUCUCUGAGUUCAUAUCUGGAUUCUUUUCCUCUUCUGUUCUUCGUUCCCUGCGAAAUGCCUGUCUUUGGCACGUGUCCCACAUCGUCCAUAGAGGAUAGAGGCCAAGAAUCCAUGAAACAGUGUUGAUCUCUGUCGCUGUGUCCUCCCAGCUCUCUUUUUGUGGCCGUCGUGCCUGCUCUUUGGACCAGCCCUUACUCGAGCACUCCAAACGUGCUGUUUCUCCCAGCUACUCGUACCACCCCGUUAUCACUCCUCCCUUGCCAGACCUAUUCCAGGGUCACGCCUGAUCUCUGCUUGUCCCCAGCUCCUGCUCCGCGUUGUGCAGCCAAACGCAUCCCCUUCCCCCGUUGCACAGAAGGUCCCUUUUGAUUCCUCCCAGAACAUCUGUCCUGCUGCUGUGCUCGGGGGCAGAACCUUCCUCCUCCCCUUCUUUCAGUUUAGCCUAAGAUGGUGAAAUCCCCGCAGAUUGUUUGUUCCCCUAUUUCCUUUAUGUUGCAUUUCUCUCCAAGCAUCGAAAGACUCCUCCCCUUCCUGCUCCAAGCCACCUCGUUCUCUUUGGGUAUGACCCUGCUCUCUGCCUCGGCGUCUGCCCGGCUCCCCCGCCGCUAUUGAGGAUUUCUCCCGUCUCACAGUGUGUGUUUUUAGCAGGUUUCCCCUCUUCCCCUGACCUCUGAUUUCCGUACUCUGUUUGCUCACUUGUGCCCUCGUACGUGCAGAUGGGUCCGUUGCUUCUCUUUGGCACACCAGCUGCCUUGCCCCUGUUUCUCCCGUGUGCCUGGCCCUUUUUUCCUCUCCGGAGGAUCCUCACUGGAUCAGGCUGCAGCGAGGACAGCCGGCAGAAGCUGUGUUUGGAGCAGCCAUUCAGUCCCACUGCUCGGUCCCUCGAGCCACUGGCCAGAAGGUCCCUGUGUGGCUCCUUUCAUGGCACAAGCUGCUGCUCGUCCCGUGCAGAGCUGGUGUCACCAGGAGUUUGUCAGGGAAAAGAUCCGACGGAGAUUUGGGAUCACGUGCUGCUUUCAGCUCAUUCCCACUCCCACCGCUGCACCGAGAGCGUUGCUGUGGCUCUGUGCCUGCUUUACCUCUGGGGUUUAGUAUUUCCCUGAACCUCCUUGAUAGCAUCUCUCUCCCUUUUGCAGUCCAGUCCUGCUUGGUUCGGCUGAGUCCACUUGUUAGCACAGGAGAUCCUCUCUUCCUGCGCUGCCUUUUCCCUGGAGCAGCAGAGCUCCUCAAUGCUCCAACACCCAGCGCUGCACGAUUGGCUGCAACGCUCUCCCCUGAAAGCUCCACCCAGCCGACAGUGCGUCGUGGAUGCUCCCGAAUCUCUGGAUUCCCUCCUGUUUUCCACCCGUAACUCCACGGAAUACCAGCACUUUCCUGACGGAGGGAGGGGAUAAUCCCUUGGCGGCACUGUUGGCAAACCUCUGCUCCCUCCAGACCCCUCCUUGUUUGAGGCUUUGCCCCUUGGACUCGCCACGCACUGCCUUAGUCCUGUUAAGCCUCGGGGGUGUCAGUGCUGUCACAGACCAUCGCCUUGGUACAGCUCUGCCUGGCAGCUCCCGGCACUGGAAGUUCCUCUGGAGGGAGGAGAAAAGUGGAGGAAUGUUUUGAGGGAUGCAUAUGUGUGUGUGUGUGUGUGUGUGUGAGAAGACAUUUGUGUGAAACUCUCAGGGUAGCCAGUGUUUUUUUGGUGAUAAUGUUAUUUAGUGCAAGGAUGAGUGGAUGGUGGAUUCUGUCUCAAGGCACUGCUGAUUCCUUCUAGUCCCCUCCCAGACUUGUGGCAUCCCAGGGCAUCCCUCCCCAUCUGCCUGGCAGCGAAGCUGGGGAUGAGUUUCCCAGGAGCACCGUUUAAUCAAUCAUCCCGGGGAGAGUUCCCAACCCUCUGUUUCCCUUCCACAGGCAGAGCGGCCCCUCGAGCCCCAGCAGGUCCCAGAGGGUGAGGAGCAGCUGUCAUGAUCUCUACGGCACCUCUCUACAGCGGGGUGCACAACUGGACCAGCACAGAGCGGAUUCGCAUGUGUGGCCUCAACGAGGAGAGGAGAGCCCCCCUUUCUGAUGAGGAGUCUAAAACGAGCAGCUCCCAGCACUUGGGGUCUCAAGAGUUUUGUGUCAGCAGCAGCCUGUCCGAGGUGGAGCUCACAGCAGUCAGCAGUGGUAGCAGCAGUGCCCAGGGGCUGGAUGCUGAUGGCAAGGUGGAGGAAAAGCUUGGACCCAAACUGGAGGAGCAGCCACCUGAUCCCAACCCAAACCCGGAGAGUGCAGGAAAGACUGUGACAGAUGAUGCCCUGGGCCCUCUGGCAGGUCAGGGGGAUGGCAGAGGGCAGGAGCCAGCAACCCCCAGAGCUGUGGAGGAGGAGAGCAGUGGUGCUGACACUGCCUGGACACCAGCAGAUCCUCCCAGUGACAAGCAGGCUGAUGCUGCCCCAGCCUGCUCCGUGGCUCCAGAGAGCGAGUCUGCUGGGAAGGAGAAAGCCCCCCAGAGCACUGCAGCACAAGGGCCAGGCGUGCUGGCAGAAGGGACAUUGUCCAUGGUUGUCUCCGGCUGCAACACCUCUGCCUCCACUCCUGCCACCUUCACAUUGAACAGGGUGUGCUUUCCCCCCUCUCAGGCCCCUGCUAUGCAAAAGCUGCCCCUGUCCUUCCAGGCUGGUGCCGUGCUAAGCCCGAGCCAGUCGCUGGUGUACAUCCCCCCGCCCAGCUGUGGGCAGCCGCUCAGCGUGGCCACACUCCCGGCCACCCUGGGGGUCUCCUCCACACUCACCCUCCCUGUCCUGCCUCCCUACCUGCACGAGCGUUGCCUGCCAGGCAUUAUUGCUUCCCCAGAGCUGCGCUCCUACCCCUACACUUUCUCUGUCACCAGGCCCUUGGCUUCAGAUGCCAAAGUGGUGUCUGUGGAGGUGAAUCAGCUCAGCUGCCCUCCACCCUCAGGUGGAAGUGGUGCCCAGGCUGCGGUCGAGAGUGCUCCCCUGUCCAGCACCGGCCCGGCUCUGCCCUCUGGCUCAGCCCUGCCCUCUGGCUCAGCCCUGCCCUCUGGUUCAGCCCUGCCCUCUGGUCCAGCCCUGCCCUCUGGUCCAGCCCUGCCCUCUGGUCCAGCCCUGCCCCCUGGCCCGGCCCUGCCCUCCAGCCAGGCUCCACCGGCAGCACCGGGUGGGAGUGCCGCUCCCUCCUCCGGCACCACCGCACAGGCCAGAGCCCCAGCAGCUCCCGAGCCACAUGCACCGGGGGCUGCCACUUCCCUGUCUCCUCUGAAGUCCCCUCCCCAGCUGGAGCGUGAGAUGGUCUCAUCUCCAGAGUAUAGUGAGAUGCCUCUUGAUCUCUCCUCCAAGUCCAACCGCCAGAAACUGCCCCCGCCCAGCCAGCGCAAGACCCCCCCCAUGCCCAUCCUCACCCCCGUGCACACCAGCGGCAAAGCCCUGCUCACCACCGUCCUCUCCAAGUCCCAGCGCGCGGCCCAGGCCGCAGGCAGCAGCGUCACCUCGUGUCUUGGCACCACCCCGCCCUUGGUCAUCUUCCCUGAGUUCCUGCGCAACGGCGAGCAGGGCUCCUGGGUGAAGAACACCACGCUUAUCAGCACCAUUCCCGGCACCUACGUCGGCGUCGCCAACCCGGUGCCCGCCUCGCUGCUGCUCAGCAAGGACCCCGGCAUGAGCCUCGGCAGGGACCCACGCCACCUGCCCAAGCAGGAGCCCAUCUCCAUCAUCGACCAGGGCGAGCCCCGCAGCGCCGGCGUUCCCUGUGGGAAGAAAACCAACCAGGUCGUCACGGAAGGACAGCAGGAUCCUGCCAAGAGACUUCUUCAUGGCAGAGUCGCUCCAGGAGCUCCUUUGUGUCAGUCCAAGGACAUCUCCACCUGGAAUCCCAUCCAGGGAAGUGUCUAUCCACGAUGCCCUGUCAACGGAAAACCUUCCAAUCCUCAGCUUCUGCCUCUGGGCUGGUCUCCUUACCAUCAAACGCCUCUGCUUUCCAUUGGCAUCUCCACAGCCGGACAGCUGCCCCCGAACCAGAGCAGCCCCUGCAAGCCAGCUGGAGCGGGUGAGCUCCCGGCAUUCCCGAGUGUGCAGCCCGCAGAGCCCAGCGCAGCUGCCCAGAGCCUGCCGGAGGGGCUGCCCCGGCUCUCACCUCAGGAACGGGAAGCUACAGCCAAGAGCAAGAGCUGCCGGGUCUUGCCCAAGCCCCGUGAAGAGCCAGCUAACCCAGCCCCGCUGGAGGCAGGUCCAACUCUUCAGACCAGCGCUUUGGAUGGGAAAGGGGGGACGGGAAAGCUGGACAACGCUCCGAAGAGUCAGGAGCGCACUCAGCCAGAGGCUGGCUCCGGUCAGGAGGGCAGUGCACAGACUGAGGCUCCCCAGGGGAGCUGUAGCCUCAAACAGUCAGAUGCAAAACCCAAAAACCAAGUGUUAGCGGCGUAUUUGUCGCACGACCUGCCCGUGGCUGGGCAGCAGGGCCUGCGGGUGGUGCCGGAGGUGCCCGCGGAGAGCCAGCGCAAGGAGCCGGGCUGCGAGGGCCCCCAGGAGCCGCCGGCUGCAGAGCCCCUCCCGUGUGUGCGGCAGGUGGAUCUGUGCAGGGUCAAGAAGGAGCGAGUGGAGUGUGAUGUGUCCUUUCCAUCUGCGACCUGCCUGCAGGCCGGGGCUGCUCCCCAGGCCUUCACCGAGGCCAAGCUCAAAGGAACGGGGCAGAUCAAGCAGGAGGGCGGCACACACUGCAAGGCCAAGCGGCAGCACGAUGGGGAUAGCAGGCAGAGCCACAAGAGACUGAAGUGCCAAGGCCAGGAUGGCGAGGAGUCCCCGAGCAAGUCAGGGAGUCGGAGCGUGCAUGGUCGGAAGUGGCAAAAACACCACGACAAUCCGCAUGAGCUCGGCAAGCGGGAAGGCCGAGGCAGCCUGGGCUCCGUCACGGAUCACAACAGCCUCAGGGUAAAGCGCAAGCGCAGGAGGCCAGCGAAGAACGAGUGCCCAUCUCCAGCACACCGUGGGGACAGCCAUGAGGAAGGUUACUUGGAGAAGAAGCCCAAGAACAACUUUCGGGAUUUCAUUCCGGUGGUGCUGAGCAGCCGGACACGCAGUCAGUCAGGAAGCGUCGCUGGCUCUUCUGCUGGUGUGACGGGAGAGUGUGAUGUGACCAGUCAGGAGAUUUUGCCGUUACUGGAGGAGGAUCAGGAAGAAGAGGAGGAGGAAGAGGAGGAGGAGGAGACAUCCUCAAAACAUCGCAAGCUGCGCAAAUCCCACAGGACAUCGCACUGCCACAGCCGCAGGGACAGGGACAGGUCUGCGUCCGAGAGGAGCAGCUGUUACACGAGGAGGACCCGGGAGCUGCCUUGGAGAGCAGAAUCACCCAGGCAGCUGUGGGAGCCCAACGAGGAGGAGGAGGAGGAGGAAGACGGCCACAUCAAAAGGAAGAAAAGGAGACGGCAGAAAAGUCGGAAAUACCAGACUGGGGAAUAUCUGACUGAGCGCGAGGAGGAGCAAGUGGGCUAUCCCCACCGGAGGCGGAAAUCCAAAGGAGAUUUUAGGCACCGGAAGCAGAAGGAGUCUGGGAAGGCUAAAGGCACAGAGCUCCAGCUGAGGAGCAGGCUAUCCCCGUCCCCCCGAAAAUCUCAAGGACGCACAGACUUUCGGAAUGGCUUCUUCCUGGAGCACUCCGACAGCUCUCCCGUCCAAGAAGAGCUGGAGAAACCAUCAGGAAAACGCAAAUGCAAAACCAAACACCUGGCAGGGAUCUGUGAUGAGGGGAAGGGGAAAGGCUGCUGCAACCAGCCCAAAACGUGCUCUCCGAAGAAGCCCCAGGACUUGUGGACGCUCUGUAAGUCCCAUCGGGUCAGCCCAGGGAGCUCCCCGGAGCCGCCCACGGCCCAGAGCGUUCCUCCUGGAGCUCGGCGGCUGAUCGUGAACAAGAACGCGGGGGAGACCCUCCUGCAGCGAGCGGCUCGCCUGGGCUACAAGGACGUGGUGCUGUACUGCCUGCAGAAGAAAAGCAGCGACGUGAACCACCGCGACAACGCGGGCUACACCGCCCUGCACGAGGCCUGCGCGCGCGGCUGGAUCGACAUCCUGCACAUCCUGCUGGAGCACGGCGCCAACGUCAACUGCAGCGCCCAGGACGGCACCAGGCCUGUCCAUGAUGCAGUCGCGAAUGACAACCUGGAAACCCUGUGGCUUCUACUUUCCUAUGGUGCUGAUCCCACUCUGGCCACGUACUCUGGGCAGACAGCAGUGAAACUGGCCACCAGCGACGUGAUGAAGCGCUUCCUCUGUGAUUACCUGUCAGAUCUCCAGGGCCGCUCCGACGGAGACCCUCGGACAGCCUGGGACUUCUACAGCAGCUCUGUGCUAGAGGGGAAGGACACCAUUGGCUGCGACCUUCUGCUCAACCCUCCGGGGAGUUCAGACCAGGAGGAAGAGGAGCAAGAAGCAGACAACUUCAUGUUUGAGUUCUCAGACAAGCCACUGCUUCCCAGCUACAACCUCCAAGUGUCCGUGUCCCGGGGGCCCUGCAACUGGUUCCUCUUCUCGGACGUGCUCAAGCGGCUGAAGCUGUCCUCCCGCAUAUUCCAGGCCCGCUUCCCGCACUUGGAGAUCGCCACACUGCCCCGGGCAGAGUUCCAACGCCAGGUGUCCCUGAGCCAGGUGCUGGCGCAGGAGGAGGUGCCGGCGAGCCCCGAGCCAGCGCCGGGCACGGCAGAGACUGUGGAGCUGGUGCACUACGAGCCCGAGCUGCUGCAGCUGCUGGGCUCAGCGGUGGAGUACCAGGCCUGGAGCAGCUGACGGGGACAGGUCGCUCCCGGCAUCACGAGGCAAUAAUAAGGACCAAGGGGAAGCAGCUCUCUCAGCGCCAGCAGCAGGGACCCGAGUCUUUGGGCAGCCACUCCUCCUCUCCUCAGGGUCUCCUGCAGCUGGGGAGGGAGGACCCCUGGCCUCCAAGGACAUCCCGGGAUCCCUUGGCCACGAGCGGUGGCGGUCGCUGCCGCCGCCACCCCAUCCAGCCCCAGUGGGUGAUGGAGCCCCCUCCACGGGGCUCACGGGGCAGCGAGGGGUGGUGGGAGCCACCGCCCCUCCCCGCUGGACCCCCAGGAACUGCGCCUCUCCGUUUGCCCUCCCCCUCCCGAUGUCUUCCAUAGUAUUUAUUUAAUUAGUAUUUAAUUUGUAAUGUUUUCUUUGUUUUUGCUGAGUCUGUAUCACUGUGAUGGUGAGCUCUGGGCCAGGGGAUGAGGCUGUCCCCCUAGCCCCCCCCUCCAGUGCACCCCGAGGCCGGCCAGACCCAGAGGGUCCUGGUCCUUGCAGCCUGGGGACAGCCCCUUCCCUUGGCUUUGGAGCUGGUUCCUGCUGCCGGCGCUCAGCCCCAGCCUGGAGCCAGCCCCUCUGCUCCAUCCUCUCCCGGGCUCUUUCCUCCAUCUCAUUUGUGCUGCUGCUCCCCGUCCCAGGCGGCUGCCGCUCGGGCAGGGGCAGCCCGCGGCCCCCAGCACACCCCACGCUUCGGCAGCUUGUCCCCCUGCCCCAGGGUCUGUCUCCAGGGCAGAAGCCCCCUCCUUGCCCCGCUCCCCGCCGGUGUCCCCGGGAGCAUCUCUCCGGGAGGGAGCGGGCACGGGCAGGCUGCUCCGCUCCGGGGCCGGUACAGUUUUAUUGUACAGGUGCUAACAGGACUGAGGACGGGACAAUCGGGGGAUUUCCGGCUCUCCCCGCUCCCCAGCGGGAGCUUUGGGUGGGGGUUUUUUGUUGGUUCGUUUUUUUCUUUGUGUUGUGUUUCUCCCCAGCCAGGGCAGGCGUGUCCCCCCCUUGGACCCUCACUGCCAGCCUCCCGCUGGGGGCCCGGCAGCACCUUCUUUAAGCCGAGGGUUUUUUGCCUUUGGGUGUGUAUUCUGGUUGCUCUUUCUGAUUUCUGUUUUAUUAUAUGCAGCAACAGGCUGUGGUGUCAAAAACACUGAUGUACAGAAAAAACCUGCAUCAGG